GCCCCGUUCAGCUGCAGAGCCUCAGAACUCUGAAGAGCAAGGAGAAGAAUGUUCUCUGCCCUGUGAUCUCAAGAGAGAUAUUUGUGAAACCAGCUCCUUUGAUUAAAAUCCUUUUGGAAGCUGCUUGGCUACGAGACCUAUGCAAGAUUUCAUCAUGGGAAAUGGCUACUACAACAUAGUGGCUACUGUGCUGCUGGUCAUGAAUUUUGAGAGGACAAGAUCAGUGCCGGAUCCCUGCAGCAACUGUUCAGCAGGUACUUUCUGUGGGAAAAACAGACAAGAGCUUUGUAUGCCUUGUCCCUCAAAUAGUUUCUCCAGCACAAGUGGACAAAAGGCUUGUAACGUAUGCAGGAAGUGUGAAGGUGUUUUCAGGACCAAGAAGGCGUGUUCCUCCACCAGCAAUGCAGUGUGUGAGUGCGUGCCGGGAUUCCGCUGUCUGGGGGCGGGAUGUGCCAUGUGUGAAGAGUAUUGCCAGCAAGGUCAAGAGUUAACGAAAGAAGGUUGUAAAGACUGUUCCUUUGGGACAUUCAAUGAUGAGGAACAUGGCGUCUGUCGACCCUGGACGGACUGUUCUUUGGCUGGAAAGCCUGUCCUCAUGAAUGGGACGAAGGCAAGAGACGUGGUGUGUGGACCAAGGUCAACGGACUUCUCUCCAGGUACACCUUCCACCACCAUGCCUGUCCCCGGGGGAGAGCCAGGUCACACUUCCCAUGUCAUCAUCUUCUUUCUUGCAUUGAUGUCAACUGCAGUCUUUGUCCUGGCAUCCUACCUGGCGCUCCGUUUCUCUGUUGUUCAACAGGGCAGGAAGAAACUCCUGUAUAUAGUCAAACAACCGUUUCUGAAGCCAGCGCAAACGGUCCAAGAGGAAGAUGCCUGCAGCUGCCGGUUUCCAGAAGAAGAGGAAGGCGAGUGUGAACUGUGAAUCGGAAAUCCAGAGAGGUGCUGGGACUCUCUUGAAAAGACUCACAGGAGAACUACGGGGGACCCCGCUAGCACGUCUUUUCUAAAUUUAAAUGCACCAUCCCAGAGAGGACCCAGGAUGACCCCGACCUUUUUUUUCUAAAUGCUCAUGAGUUGGCCUUUAAAGAUGUGCCCCUUGUAACAGAACCAAGCACGGGACAGAACUGAUGGUGACAGAGGCAUUUCCUAGAUACGGCUUAAGGGGUGUGGGCUAGGUUUCUUGAAAUCCAAAGAGAAUUAUUUCUUUUUUUUU